AAGUGAAUAUUACGUCCAUGUUUGAUGGUCUACAUAGUUCCUGGGAGAACAUCCUUUGGACAGAGGAGACAAAAUUGGAGGAUUUUGGCUAAGCACGUCAGCUCUUUGGGCAAAGACCAGCACAGACAGGAGAAGGCUCGGCUUGAGCUUCUUUGCUGCAUCUGGCUCAGCAUAUGGAUCAAAAACUUGGUCUGGGUGCAGGUCACGGGUCCUCUGUUGAACAUCUGUAGGAGCUGAAACAUCUGGAGAAACAUAGGCUUUUUCUGAUUUUCAGUACAUCUUUAUGUAUUGCUGCUGAAAGGGAUUUUAGUGACCAAUAGCGGGUGAUAGCAAUAAUAGUUUGAAUGAACCGUUUUAGUCUCAUCUCCUGGAAAUCUCCAUGAAUAAGAGACCUGUCCCUCUCCCGCAUCCAUCCUCAUCCUGUUUCCACGUUUUUGUUUUGUUUACAAAACAGCAUCCUUGGUGCUUAUUCACCCCUUCCUCUCACCCUUUCUAAACGGAGUUUCUAAAAGUGGUCGUCUGCCGUUUUUGACAUCACACUGAUGUUUGUCACUUUUGCGCUCCACCCCGCCUGCUGCCGGAGCCGGAGCGCGCACCGACGCACGAGGAAGCUUAGCGGAUGUGGCGAGGCUCGAUCCGACAGUUCAAACCAGCAGAAUCAGCUGAGAUCCCCAAAAACGGGCUCCUCUCGAGUUGACGUUAGACCAAAACAGACGCGCUGCGUGGAUUUGGCGCUCGCGGUGGUCUUUUCGUAAGGAUGCUUGACUUGAUGGAGCCCAGCGCGCGAUAUAACUCCGUUCGCGGCUCACUUUUCUAGUUCUAGAGUUAACGCAUGUGUGAUUACUUCUCUGCAUCCCGCGGAUCACCUCUCCCACCUGACUCUCAGCUAUGGUCUCUGAGGGUCACGUUUCGGCGCCACGCACCCACCCACAUUUUGCGCUUUUUGCCUUUUGCGACCGCGACUUGAUUUACAGAUAACUUUUGAAGCUUUGACCAAUCAACCUGCAGGGAUGGUGCCAACCUGAAUCAGAUGUGACUUGCAGAGAAAGUCGUAUAGUUCAGUCUGAAGAAGAAGAAAAAAUGCUCGGAAGUCCAUCCAACAACGGCGGCAUCAGGAUGCUUGUGCCCCCGGCUCCGAACGACGAGCGACGGGUAGAGUUUGUGGCUCUCACCGCUGUCCAGACGGAGAGGAGCGAGCCGUCCACGCCGGAGCGCGGACACCCGUCUCACCGCACGGGUCUGCUGGGCACCCCGCUGCCCGGACCACCCGGUCCCCGAGGCAACGUGUCCGCCUCCAGCAAGCGUCUGAGAAAGUUACAAAACUGCUUGUACAACGUGCUGGAGAGGCCGAGAGGAUGGGCAUUCAUCUACCAUGCGUUCAUUUUCCUGCUGGUGUUCAGCUGCUUGGUGUUAUCCGUCUUCUCAACCAUCCCUGACCACCAGAAGUUUGCCAACCAAAGCCUCUUCAUCCUGGAGUUUGUCAUGAUUGUGGUGUUUGGAAUGGAGUACUUCAUCAGGAUAUGGGCCGCCGGCUGCUGCUGCAGAUACCGCGGAUGGCAGGGACGCCUGAGAUUUGCACGGAAGCCUUUCUGUGUCAUAGACUUCAUCGUGUUUGUGGCGUCACUAGCAGUGAUCGCUGCGGGGACACAGGGCAACAUCUUCGCCACGUCGGCCCUGCGCAGCAUGCGCUUCCUGCAGAUCCUGCGUAUGGUUCGCAUGGACCGGCGCGGAGGCACCUGGAAACUUCUAGGCUCCGUGGUUUAUGCUCACAGCAAGGAGCUGAUUACUGCCUGGUAUAUCGGCUUCCUGGUCCUAAUCUUUGCCUCUUUCCUCGUCUACCUGGCUGAGAAAGACAACAACUCAGAUUUUAGCACCUAUGCAGAUUCCCUCUGGUGGGGAACAAUAACUUUGACCACGAUCGGUUACGGUGACAAGACUCCUCGAACGUGGCAGGGCCGGGUUCUGGCUGCUGCUUUUGCUCUUUUGGGCAUCUCCUUUUUUGCCCUCCCUGCUGGAAUUUUAGGUUCAGGUUUUGCCUUGAAGGUCCAAGAGCAACACCGGCAGAAGCACUUUGAGAAGAGAAGGAUGCCCGCUGCAAACCUGAUCCAGGCUGCAUGGCGUCUCUAUUCCACAGAUGCCAAACACUCGUAUCUAACAGCGACGUGGUAUUUCUACGACAGCAUGCUGCCUUCGUUCAGAGAACUGACGCUACUGUUCAGUCACCUCCAGCGACAGCGUAACACCAAGAAGGUUCUCCAGAACUCCUACCACACGCUGCUGUCUGGGCUUCGGCCCUACAGCUCCCCCUACCUGUCGGGGGACAGGAAGCCAGACGCCUCGUGCAGUCAGCUCCUUUCUAAAAAGCGAGGUCUCUUCCGGAUUCAUGCAGGCCGCAAACAGAGCAAAAUGGGAUUCAGAGAUCGGAUCAGGAUGAACAACUCCCGUUCAUCCCAAACCAUCCGGAACAAGGCGUCACCGCUGCCUCCUGGCUCCAGUGUUCGAUGCUCUCCCAGCCAGGAGAACGUCCCAGAAGCCACCAGCCCCGGGAAGGUCCAGAAGAGCUGGAGCUUUAAUGACCGCACGCGGUUCCGCACCUCCCUUCGCCUCAAGCCACGCCCACCUGCUGAUGUGGAAGGAGUUGGGGAGGAGAACGUGGAAGACAAAUCGUACUGUGACGUAGCCAUGGAGGACGUGAUUCCAGCUGUGAAGACUCUGAUUCGAGCUGUCAGGAUCCUGAAGUUCCUUGUGGCCAAGCGGAAGUUUAAGGAGACGCUGCGUCCGUAUGACGUGAAGGACGUCAUAGAGCAGUACUCUGCAGGACACCUGGACAUGCUGGGCCGCAUCAAGAGCUUACAGAUGAGGGUGGACCAGAUAAUCGGGCGAGGCGCCGUCCAGCCCGACAAGAAGGUGCGGCCUGAAAAGGGAGAGAAGACACCUCCAGAACUGGACGUGCUGGACGAGCUAAGCAUGAUGGGACGUGUAGUCAAGGUGGAGAAACAGGUGCAGUCCAUAGAAAACAAGCUGGACCUCCUGCUCAACUUCUACUCCCUGUGUUUGAAGAAAGGCUCGUCCCACGCCACGCUGUCCUCCCUCCUGGACCCCGACCUGACAUCUGACUACCACAGCCCCACGGACCAAAGGGACCUCUUCCCCUCCGCAAACACGCUCAACAUCUCUCAGUCGGAGAGCGGCGACUUGGAAUGACUAUGACACGGACACGAACUUUUACAGAAGACUAGCUCUCCCCUUUUGUUUGCUACGACCGCUCCUCUUCCAUCCACAUCCUCAGCACUUUCCUCCCCCUGGAGCGAACGUUUUCCGGAUCUGGUGAGACGACGGCCACCAGAUGGCUCCACCUGACCUGGAGCCUCAGCCAAAGCUGCUCACCGCACACGCCUCUCCACUCGCUGGAGGAGAGGACACGAGGAGAAGAAGCUGACUACUGAACUCCCUCUCGCCCACUCACAUCAUGCUGCAGAUCUACUUUAAAGAGGUUUUUUCACGUCUUUCCUCUCCAACUUCUUUAUUUUGUUUCUUGGCUGCUUGAAUCAACUUGUUCUGAAUUGUUUGACACUUUGGGAUGGCGAAGCAGUUCCUUAAGCUGUGAUGAAUGUAAUAACACCUACAGGAAGUGCUCUCUUGGACCUGGAUCUGCAGCCGACAUGGUACAGCGUGUCACUCCAACACAAGACCUUAAAAUCCACUUUGUUCUGUCAAACAAACAAACAAAAAAAAAAACAUCCAUAUGAAUGUGAUGGACUGUAUUAUACAGUAAAUUAUUGUUUUUAAUCCCAUUCCCUCAAACUCUAGUCCCCCGACAAGCCCACCGGCAAAAAAAAAAAAAAAUCACAUUUUCCCCGUUUAAUUGGAAUUUAAGUUAAACAAUGAUCUUAAUGAUUUAGAAUUUAAUCAAAUUUCAAUGUUCUUUCAUAAAAAAACAUGCAAUAAUUCUAAUUCUAACAUAAAUGUGUGAUUUGAACCAACUUAAUUUUUAGACUUGCCUGUCACGACGUUCUUGUAGAUUCACCAAACUUCCCUUUAGAUUAAAGCUGGGGUGCGUUGUCUAAACGUUUUCAAGUCACUUUAAAAUUGCCUUAAAGGCGUUUUUCAUGCAGGCUGAAGAUGAAAAUAGUCUCCUACACCGAUGUCCUGCAUUAGCUUCUGAUAGAAAACAGACAGUGAAAGUCGAGGAUUAGAAAAACCUGACAGAUCUACGUCAAGCGAUCGCUUGGACUCACCCGUAAUGGCUCGCGACGGGAGAGGCUGUUGUUCUAGCUUCCAGAAUCAGCACUGAACGUCUCGGCUGGCAGAAGCUAACCGUUAGCAUUAGCAACUCAACCACACGGCAGUAGCUCCCCCAUGUGAGUGAGCGGUAGAGUCGCGUUGCUGUUAUCCAAUACGAGGCAAGAUGUCCAAAUAUCAGGAAAUAAUGGGGCUUCCACACCUGCAUCAGCUCUACUCCUUCUGGACUGGGUAGAGAGUGUUCACAUCUGGGUAGCCUGGAUUUUUCUCACACAGCUGGUCAUGUUUUCAGCCCUCUUCCCGAGACGGUCUGCUUCAGGCGGAACAGGUCCAACACACACACUGUCAACGCAUCCACCAGCUUAAAUUCACACCUAAAGUUAUGGGGAGCCUCCGAAUGGCGAAUUGACUCAGUCAGCGAGGGCUUCCCACAUCCCACAAUGCCUCUGACUGAAGCCGUUUCUUCUCUGUGUCUCUCCGAGGAGCACACACACACACACACACACACACACACACACAGCCUGCGAGCUUCAGCUGCGCCAGGACAGACACAGCAAGUCUGGAUGCAAUAUCAGAGUCUCCUAAAGCAACACUGCUCACAGCAGCCUUUGUUUAUUUAAGGGAGACACCGCGGACUUCUCCGCACGCCCACGUGCUCAGACAUGUGCUCAUGGCAUCACUGAUAUCUUCACACCAAUUUUGGAGACCGCCCAUUCCUAAAGAUGAGUUUGUAAUCAACCCGACCAGGCUGGGGCGGGCUGGGCAGAGUGGAGAAGAGUGGAGCCGGCGCUAAUGUGGAAGGGCUAUAAGACUCCUAAUCCUGCGCCCCGGUUCCCAGCAUGCACUACGGGGUGGCGCACUCCAACCUAGCUUGAAUGCUAACACGACAGUCUGUAAACUUCAACCUAACUGUGGAAGAGGAGGGAAGGGAAUGAAAAGAAAGUUAUCUUUUGUGCUUUGGAGCUAAGUGGUUAGCAUAGCAUUCCGCCUUACGCUAAAUCAGACUAUUGUUUUAGCCUGUUGUAUCGUUAGCAGGGGUGUGCUAGCAUCGCGAGCACCAGAUUCCUGCCGGUUUUAGACGUUUUCCUUCUUGAACACUGGAGAUUUGAUUAAAACAAGUGAUUAACAGUUCCUGCAGAACCCGAUGAAGUCUGAGGAGAUAGUUCAGGUGUGACUUUGCAGGAACACAUCGAAAACGUUACACGUUGGUUCGCUCUACAAGGCUGUUUGUGUGCAGUAUGAGGUGUUGCUUUCAGCUCCUUCCAGAAGGGGAGAGGGAGCAGGGACUGUUCAGUUAAAUCUCCUCCUCCUCUCCUUGAUGGCGUCAUGCUACGGACCCCAGCCUUUAACUCAAAUCGCACAAAAGUUUAUCCUCAGGUUCACGAUUUCAGCAGGUCAUGUAAUCAGUAACACUCCACAAACACAGAUGUCACAUUCAGCUGCAGAAUCGCCGUGGCCGGUUUUGCGCAAUUUACACAGCAAACAAGGAAUCCAGACAUAAUGCAUGGAUCCCAGAUCAUUAAUCCCAUCGAUGCACGCGUCAGAACAAAUAACCACACCCAACAGCGUCACUGGGGUUUACUUCUGAAGGUGUUUGCUCAAAAAUAAUUCAAAUCAGACUCAUUAACAACAAAAAUGUUCUUUUACUUAAAUACUUUGGCACUUAUAUAACAUGUUUUUGUUGUUUCCGUGCCUAACUUAGUUAUAUUUGUUUUCAUGCACUUGAUCUUGGGUACCCUGUAAAAAAUGUAGUAUUUUUCUAUGAUUUGGGUUUGUAACAGCAGGAUUUAUCUUUAAUGUACUGAAAUCGAUUUUUUUGUAGGUAAAUGAGGCAUUUUUGACUACUUAUAUCACACACAACCAAUCAGGUUCUUGCACACAUGUAUGUAUUUGAUUGUCUGCACAUAGCUGGCUAAAAACGACUUUAUUGACCGUGGCGUUUAUGCCAGAGAAGUUCCUUCCGUCCCCGGCUGACUCAGGACCUCCACGUUCCCGUGAAUGUACUCCAUCGCUCCAUCUGGUGGCGCUUGCUGUCAGGAAAAGUCCUUCAGAGCUGCUGCUGCAGAGAUUUGUACGUUUUUCGUUCAUUUCAUAGAGAAAGGUUUGGCAGCUUUAUUCUCUGGGCUGAAUUAUAGCAGAUUAGAGGCAUCGUUAGAAUAAACUGCUGUUAUUUCUACUAGAACACAGAGCUUCCUGAUAAUUAAUGCAAGAUCGCCGUAUUGCAUGCUGUUCUUUUGUGGUUGCCAUGGCAUUAGGGAAAGGAAAACUCAAAGGAUGUCUUUCAGUAAAGAAAUCUUAGGAAACAUGAAUGCAAAUACCCUGUGCCUUCUUUGCCCUUGCUCUGUAAAGGAAGUGGUGCAGCUUUCUGUCUCCGUCGUCGUAAAUGCUUGAAGACAAGUCCUUCGUAGAGGAUGCUUGUUUUUAUUAGUGUUUGCAAAGCCUUUAACUGAAGAGCGGUCCUGAGGAUUGAGGCUUUUACAGAGUGUAUUACUGUACGUUCGGCAUAUCAUCGUCCCUCGAGCCGGACACUCGUCCCGUAUCGUCACACCCUUCAGAUGUGGAGGCUGGAGGCACGCGUCCUUCCAUAGGCAUGUUACAUAGAUCCGUAUGGCUUCCACACAACUACCUCUGAGGCCACUAGGGGGCGCUAGUCUAGGAAACUGAUUAGGAGAAACAGUUACCGACCGAAUGCUAUGCAUGAAUCAAUCUGCACGUUCUCUUAUCUCUUCGUGACGUUCGACCAUCCAUCCAUCUUCCACUGACUUGCUGCCGUUCGACAUUCCACCUCAUUACACCGUAGCUGCUCUCUUACUGUAGGUGUUGGAACAAACGAAGCACGAAUCGAUCGUAGCAAUAAGCAAAACACCAAGUCUUCCAAGUCCAGUUGAUGAAGCAACUGGCUGAAUAUAAACGCGGCACUGGUUUGUUUUCUAAUCUAAUCUAUGUUUGAUCUUUCCAAAACAGAACUGAAAAAAGGUACAGAGAUGUGUUUCUGCUGAGGAUAAAGUUAGAACACUAACUUAUUAAUUUAUUUGUUUCAAUAAAGCUCUUUGGACUGAA